ACAGUGACAGGUACUCUCCCCUAUCACAGGUACUCAGCCCUCCGUCAGAAUGAAGAUGAGGCUCCUGCUGCUGCUAGUCCUGGUGGGGCUGAUCGGCGCCGUGCCCACCUCCCAGGAACAGGAGUCUAACAGCGCUGAGGACGCGGAGCCUGCUAACGCCGGGGCUGACAUCAGAGUGGUGCCUGGGGAAGAGAGUAAAUUUCUGAAGAUCUGCAUCAGGAAGGCGGAGUGCAAGGAACAUGGCGGCUUCUGCAGGACUGAGAAAUGCACCAGGUGGGAGGAGGAGCUUCACGAGGGAUGCAAGGGCCCCUUCUGCAGGUGUUGUAUCCCUAAGGACGGCCCUGUGUGCAAGACGGAUUACCGCUGCACAGACGAGGGCGGGGAAUGCAAGAGUGUGUGUGGCAAGCGUGAACACCCAGCUGCCAAUAUCGCCUGCCCCGUCAAGGGAUGUAUCUGCUGUGUGCCUGACAAGAUGGAGUGCAGCACGAGCUUCUACUGCAUGAACAAGGGCGGGAUAUGCAAGGAUAAGUGUGGAGAAGGCGAGAAGCACAUUAAUGAACACUGCUCAGGGAAUGGCUGCUUCUGUUGCGCCCCAGUUAUGGAGGUGUGCAAGACUAACGAUAAAUGUAAGCAUGCUGGCGGAGAGUGCAAGGAUAGAUGCAGCUUCCACGAGGACGAGGUGACUCAUCUGUGUGACGGCAAGGACUGCUUCUGCUGUGUGCCCAAGAAGGAAGUGACGUGCGUUGAGGACUACAUGUGCAAGAACGCUGGCGGUAAAUGCAAGGCCAAGUGUGAAACUAAUGAGAAACCAGAGAAGAGCGGUUGUUACGGCAAGGACUGCACGUGUUGUGUGCCUCAUGAGCCUGAAUGCGUGGACGAGUGGUGCACUGAGUCAGGAGGCGCUUGUAAGGAUAAAUGUUCCAGCAUGGAGGAGGUGAUCGAUGGAGCCUGCAAGGGACCCAACUGCUACUGCUGCGCCCCAAGGGAAGAAGAGUGCAUCAGGAACCACAAGUGCAAGAAGCGAGGCGGUAAGUGCAGGGACCAGUGCAUGCCCAAGGAAAGGCCGGUGAAGAACGGCUGUGAUGGGAAGGACUGCUCGUGUUGUGCCCCUAAGAAGUGCAAGAACAACCCUCGCUGCGACAAAUUCAAGGGCCACUGCACUAUGGACGCCUGUGACGUUAAACUGGAGCAGCUGAUCCCCGGCGGCUGCUACGGACCUCACUGUGAAUGCUGCGCUCCUAAAGGCUGCAUCAUCACCUCCCGCUGCGCCCGCCACGGUGGUGUGUGCCGCGACGUGGAGUGUAGGCAUGGCGAGGUGGCGGAUCCCUACAACGGCUGUCUGGGUGAUGGCUGCGUCUGCUGUGUGCCCUCACACAAGGCAGCUGAUAUUCUGUCUGACCAAAACUUCGACAUUGAGGAAGAAUAUGAAUACUAAUUAGUCUGUGCCCCUCAGCACGCCCACCACCUGCGCCAUUCACCGCCCUCACCUGCGAACCAAGCCUGUGUAGUAUUCUAGGAUUGAAUGUUCCCUAAUGUCCUUUUUAAAAUCAGUGCUCCAAUUCAGUUUAGUUUACUUAUAAGCAUUUUCAAGUCUUUAUAUCCAUGUAAUUCUUUUCAAAAUGGUCUUUAUUUUAAAUCUACUUGUUUGUUUAAAAGGAAAUGGCGUUGUGAUACUUAUUUUUAAUUUCUAGACCAUUUUUUUUCUUUUAGUUUGGUCCCUAUUUGUAUCAGAAAAUUAUGUUAUGUUAUUAAAAAACAGAACUGCAUCUCUAUUUUCAUUAAAUCUGAUCUAAUCACCCUGUUGAAUAGUUUAGUACCAGGACAGUUAACAACCCUAAUGGUGUUCAGUGUACCGCUCCUUUCAAUGCUUGUUUACCUACGUCAGGCCAGAAUUUCACUUUCGCUCUACUCUACUACACUCUUAAAUAACAGGCAAGGUAAUCAUGUAAUCUACUAUCCUUCCAAUGCUUAUCUAUUAUUAAAGACCAGAAUUUCACUUUAUUUCUCUAUAUUUCUAAUGUAAUCACACUGUUAAGUAAUUGCCAAGGUAUAAAUUGAAUCACCUCUGAUGUAAUGGCGCUUAAUCUACCUCUCCAUUCAAAACUGAGUUACAUAUUGCUAAACACAUUAAUUUAAUCUCACUUCUAAUCUAAUCAACACCUCAAGUAACAGGCAAGGCUUUAAUGUCACCAUCUAUAACUUCAUAUUUAAUCUUCCUUUGUAUCCGAUACUUGUCUGCCAUAUGACUCGUGGCAUUUAAACUCUUAUUGAUAAUCCAAA